UGUGGUUCAUAUACUGAGGUCACAGGCUCGAGACCGCAGAGACACGAUGGCAGCACGAGACAGGGUCGUUCACCUGCUCCGGCAGCUCGAGACCGCCGCGUGCAGAUGUCCGGCUCACUCCAACACCUUCCACCGAGGUGUCGGAGCUGCAACCUGCACCGUCCGGAAGACCGACUACGCCUUCGAGAUGGCGAGUUCCAACAUCAGAUAUGGAGAAGGAGUCAGCAGAGAGAUCGGCAUGGACCUGCAGAACCUCGGCGCUCGGAACGUCUGUCUGAUGACGGACAAGAACUUGUCCCGUCUCCCGCCGGUGAAGGCCGUCCUGGAGUCUCUGUCCUCCAACGGAGUCACGUUCAAAGUGUACGACAGCGUCCGCGUGGAGCCCACCGACACCAGUUUUAAAGACGCCAUCGCGUUUGCUAAAAACGACUCGUUCGACGUGUAUGUGGCGGUGGGCGGCGGCUCCGUGAUUGACACCUGCAAAGCAGCCAAUCUGUACGCGAGUCACCCCGACGCCGACUUCCUGGACUUUGUGAACGCUCCGAUCGGUAAAGGGAAGCCGAUCACCGGAGCGGUGAAGCCGCUGAUCGCAGUUCCUACCACUGCAGGAACCGGCAGCGAGACCACCGGAGUCGCCAUCUUUGACUACGAGCCUCUGAAGGCCAAGACAGGUAUCGCCAGCAGAGCCAUCAGACCCACGCUGGGCAUCGUGGACCCGAUGCACACACUGAGCAUGCCCGAGAGAGUCGCCGCCAACAGCGGCUUCGAUGUGCUCUGUCAUGCUCUGGAGUCGUACACCGCCCUGCCCUACAACCAGAGGAGCCCCUGCCCCCCCAACCCCAUCAACCGGCCCGCCUACCAGGGCAGCAACCCCAUCAGCGACGUCUGGUCUCGCCACGCCCUCAACGUGGUCGCCAAGUACAUGAAGCGAGCAGUGCGGGACCCCGAGGACCGGGAGGCUCGGUCCAGCAUGCACCUGGCCAGCGUGUUUGCCGGCAUCGGCUUCGGAAACGCAGGAGUUCAUCUGUGUCAUGGGAUGUCGUAUCCGAUCGCCGGUAACGUGAAGACUCAUUCGGCCAAAGGUUACAGCGUGGAGCACCCUCUGGUGCCUCACGGUCUCUCAGUCGUCCUCACGGCUCCGGCCGUCUUCAACUUCACAGCCCCGAUGUGUCCAGAGCGCCACCUGGAGGCAGCAGAAAUCCUCGGUGCAGACAUUCGGCAGGUGAAGAGGGAAGACGCCGGCGCCGUUCUGGCCGACACGCUGCGUGGCUUCCUGUUUGACCUGCAGGUGGAGGACGGACUGGGAGCUGUGGGAUACACCACCGACGACAUCCCAGCACUGGUGAAAGGAACCAUCCCUCAGGAGCGAGUGACCAAACUGUCCCCCCGAGGACACACCGAGGACGACCUGAGCCGGAUGUUCGAGGCCUCCAUGAAGCUCUACUGACUUCCUGUCCUUGUGAGGACCGAACACACUCCACGCACCACAGUUUGAUCAUCAAACUGCUCUCAGGUCUGCUCUGUGUUGAGCUGCAGUUCCUCUAACAGCCACUAGAUGUCCCUCGGCCGCUCAGUGGCAUUUUAUCAACGAUCACUCAUAGAUUUUAUAUUUACAAUCAAAACUGAAAUAAAAAACAUA